AUGGAAUGCAUAGUUUCAUACCCUGCUAGAGUAUUAUCUGUAAUCAAUAUUGGCUUUGGUUGUGUUGCUAGGGACUGGAUGGGGAAUUUUCUGGGAGCUAAAUGCUCUUUCCAAAGGAUUACAGUGGAUCCAAAAAUAGUGGAAACUAUGUCUGCUCUUCAUGCAAUUAAUUUUGGAAUAGUAGGGGGUUGGUCUGAUGUUGUGUUUGAAGGGGAUUCUCUUCAGGCUGUUCGAGAUCUCACCAAGCCUCCCCCUCACCUUCAAAGAAAUGGGCAUUUUGUGGAAGCUGUCCAGCAGUUACUAGGGUCUCUAAGAUCAUCUACCAUUGUGCACUGUCCUCGGGAGGAAAAUGGAGUAGCACACUGUCUAGCGAAGGAGGGUGCGGUUAAGUGCUGCAAUGUUGUUUGGUUUGAGGAUCCUCCUCCUUUAAUUUAUAAUCUUCUUGUUAGGGAGUGUGUUGUCCCUAAACCUUAA